AUGCAAGCGGGGAAAAGUGGACCCCGGGAUCCAAUGGGAUCCAUUGGGAUCUGUCUGGAUCCAUUGGGAUCCAUUGGGAUCUGUCUGGAUCCAUUGGGAUCCAUUGGGAUCUAUUGGGAUCCAGUGCUAUUCAUUGGAUGCCUCUUUCAUUUUUCACAAGUGGUAUGGCGAGAAGUUCAAAGCAAAGGACUAACAACCAAAUAUAGUGCGAAUGAGUUUUUUCGUUUAAAUGUAAAACAACUAAUUGCUCUUGCUUUCGUUCCACUAGAUCAAAUUAUAACCGGCUACGUCUUAAUUUGUGAUCAAUUCGACGAUGACGCCGACGAUUUACUCGAGUAUUUUGAAAAAACAUGCAUUGAUGAACCGAAAAUAAGAGGAACUGGUCGAAAGAAGCCUCAGUUCGAUCAUAAAUUAUGGAAUAUUCAUGAUCGUGUCGUCGCUACUGUACCUCGACCCAAUAAUUUGGUUGAAGGCUCGCACGAUGUUUUCGCUAAUUGCGUCACAAUAAGUCAUCCAACUAUCGUGAAGCUGGGAGAGAAAAUUCGUCGUGAACAAUCAAAAUUUGAAGUGGACAUGACGAAGAUUCUUCAAGACCACGAUGUCAAGACGAAGAAACCCUGCUAUCGAAAAUUGUAUGAGCAUAUUACUCGACUGGUCAACUCAUUUGACCCAACUCAACUGGAUUAA